UAGAUUUUGGUGCUUUCAUGUUUGAUGGGCUUCGCUUGGCCACGAGUUUUGGAAAGAUCUCUUUUUGUUGUCAUUUCGAUGUAGUGCUCAUCAAAGACGCUCGUCUUUGGUUUGGGUGUUAUCAGAAAUUUCGUGUAGGGUUCCGUUUUUCUUUGUCUCGCAGAGUGUCCGUGUCAUUGAGGUUAAACAUGGCUCUCACAAGAAUUGGCCUCGCUGGUCUUGCUGUCAUGGGGCAAAAUCUAGCCUUGAACAUAGCUGAAAAAGGCUUUCCUAUAUCUGUGUACAACCGGACCACCUCAAAAGUUGAUGAGACUGUUGAACGUGCCAUAGUCGAAGGAAACCUUCCAGUUUAUGGAUUCCAUGAUCCUGCAUCCUUUGUCAACUCGAUACAAAAGCCCCGUGUCAUUAUCAUGCUCGUGAAAGCUGGUGCACCGGUGGAUCAAACCAUCGCCACACUUUCAGCUCACUUGGAAAAGGGUGAUUGUAUAAUCGAUGGGGGCAACGAGUGGUAUGAGAACACAGAGAGGCGCGAAAAGGCAAUGGCCGAACUUGGUCUCCUCUAUCUUGGAAUGGGAGUCUCUGGUGGAGAGGAAGGUGCACGAAAUGGUCCUUCAUUGAUGCCUGGAGGUUCGUAUGAGGCUUUUAAGUACAUAGAAGACAUUCUUCUCAAGGUAGCUGCUCAGGUACCGGACAGUGGCCCCUGUGUUACAUACAUAGGCAAAGGAGGUUCUGGCAAUUUUGUAAAGAUGAUUCAUAACGGAAUCGAGUAUGGAGACAUGCAACUGAUUGCUGAAGCUUAUGAUGUACUGAAAUCUGUGGGGAAGCUCACCAAUGAUGAGUUGCAGCAUGUUUUCUCUGAAUGGAACAAAGGGGAGCUUCUUAGCUUCUUGAUCGAGAUCACAGCUGACAUUUUUGGGGUCAAGGAUGACAAGGGUGAUGGCCAUCUGGUUGAUAAAGUCUUGGACAAGACCGGGAUGAAAGGUACUGGUAAAUGGACCGUGCAACAAGCAGCUGAAUUAUCAGUGGCUGCUCCAACAAUUGCAGCAUCUUUGGAUUCCAGGUUUCUUAGUGGACUAAAAGAAGAAAGAGUCGAAGCUGCUAAGGUUUUUCAGUCUGGUGGAUUCAGCGAUGUCUUGGAAAGCAAGCCUGUCGACAAGGCUAAGUUGAUCGAUGACGUGAGGCAAGCUCUUUAUGCCUCAAAGAUUUGUAGCUAUGCACAAGGCAUGAACCUGAUUAGAGCGAAGAGCACCGAGAAGGGAUGGGAUCUAAAGCUGGGUGAACUUGCAAGGAUAUGGAAGGGAGGUUGCAUUAUCCGUGCAAUUUUCUUGGACCGUAUCAAGAAGGCCUAUGAUCGGAACGCAGAACUAUCCAACCUCCUGGUGGAUCCCGAGUUUGCAAAGGAGAUAUUAGAUCGCCAGUCUGCUUGGCGCAGAGUUGUCUGUCUUGCUAUCAACCAUGGUAUAAGCACUCCGGGUAUGUCUACUAGUCUAGCUUAUUUUGACACCUACAGGAGGGAGAGGGUUUCUGCCAAUUUGGUCCAAGCUCAGAGAGAUUACUUCGGAGCGCAUACGUACGAGAGGGUCGAUAUGCCUGGAUCUUUCCACACUGAAUGGUUCAAGAUCGCGAAACAGUCAAAGAUCUGAGACCAUGUUGACGAGUUCUUUUUCCUCAAGAGUCAAGUGUGUUAGUAGUAGUAGUACUUUGGGUUUUUAGAACCUUUGGAGUGAGCAAACUCUUUGUUAUUUGAGCAAAAUAAUGUCCAAUAUUGGGACCUGAUAACCCAUUAAACUAUUUACAUUUCUAAGAAUGCAAUUCCAACAGUCUUCAUUCGAAGGCCGGUCACCAA